AUGUUCCGCCACAGCACCCUCACCCUCAGUCGCACAAGAGCACACCUCCCUCGCAGCAUCGUCAAUGACGUCGUAUCCAGUCGUCGCCGCAUCGGCGGAUUCCAACCCCUCCGACCCCCUUCCCCCGAAGAGCUCGGCGCCCCCCGAGCAGCAAAGCAAUACAAAAAAGGACGAAGAUGGACGCGCUGGCUCCUAAUCGGCGCACUCACCAGCGGCACGAUCUACCUCGCCGACCGACAAAUCUACGCCUCGGGCUUCGCACGCACACUCCGCACGUUCACGACCACGCUCCUCGUAGCGGUGGACUACAAGAUCAACUUCCGACAGGAGCCCAUCACGGCUGGGUCCGUGCCGGAGCUGCACGCCCGCAACGCAGAACGCCUGUUUGACCUGCUCCGCGCGAAUGGCGGGCUGUACCUCAAGAUAGGGCAGGCGGUUGCGAUGCAGAGCGCGGUGCUGCCGCCUGAGUUCCAGAAGAUGUUUGGGCGAAUGUUUGACGACGCGCCGCAGGAUGAGUGGGAGGAUGUGGAGGCCGUGAUUAGGAGGGACUUUGGGAAGAGUGUGGAGGAGGUGUUUGGGGUGAGCUUUACCGGGAGGGAGGGGAUGGGGGUGAUGGAGCGGAAGGCGAGGGCGAGUGCGAGCGUUGCGCAGGUUCAUUGGGCGAGGUUGCAGGAUGGGCGGGAGGUGGCUAUUAAGAUUCAGAAGAGGGAGAUUGCGAAGCAGAUUGCGUGGGAUUUGUGGGCUUUUAGGGCGGUGACGUGGAUCUACUCAAAGUGGUUUGACCUUCCGCUGUAUACUCUUGUUCCGUUCAUCACGGAGCGUCUUGAGCUGGAGACGGAUUUUCUUAAUGAGGCCAAGAACUCGGAGACGAUGAGAAACUUGGUCAACUCGGAGAAGAGUCUCAAGGGGAGGGUGUACGUUCCGGUCGUUUACUCUGAUUUGACUACGAAGCGCGUCUUGACUACCGAAUGGAUCGAAGGGGUACGGCUGUGGGAUAAAAAAGCACUUACAUCACGGUGGCUAGGCGGUCAUGGUAAAGGCUCACCUGGCGCGAAAGCUCCAUUGCCACCCGUGGAUAUGGCCUCUGCUCGUCGCGAAAUUCGUGCGAAGCCGUACAACGAAAAGAUUAAGCCCGAGCGCCAGGAGUGGAAAGGUCUUCGGGGUCGCGGUGGUCUUGGACUCUCCACCAAGGAAGUCAUGACCACCAUGGUCGACUUGUUUUCUGCGCAGAUUUUCAAAUGGGGCGUUGUUCAUUGCGAUCCUCACCCGGGCAACAUCUUCAUCCGGCGUCUUCCCAAUGGACGUGCGGAACUGGUACUUAUCGACCACGGUCUCUACGUGUACAUGGCUCCCAAGUUCCGGCACGAGUACAGCGCCUUCUGGAAGGCCCUCAUGACGUUCGACAACAAGACCAUCUCGAAAGUAACGUCAGAAUGGGGCAUCAAGGGCGCCGAUUUCUUCGCCAGCGCUACCCUAAUGCGACCAUACGAAGGCGGAGAUAACUCGCUCCGUGACAGCAUCAAGAAAGAUCUGGAGGGCAAGACGCCAGAAGAGCGCCACUACGCCAUGCAGCAGCUCAUGAAGCAGAGUCUCAAAGACAUGCUUGCGGAUGAAGAGAAGUGGCCCAAGGAACUCAUCUUCAUCGGCAGGAAUAUGCGUAUCGUCCAGGGAAAUAACCAGUAUCUCGGAUCCCCCGUCAACAGAGUCAAAAUGAUGGGCGAGUGGGCCAGCAGGAGUCUGUUCCAGGAUAAGAACCUGCCGCUGACCCAGAGGAUGACCAACGCCUGGAGACAUGUGCUCUUCAAGACUGUCAUGUUUGGCACAGACGUGGCAUUCUACUUCUUCAAAGUGAGACAGUGGUUGGGACUGGGCGGCGGAAUGGAGGACGAGAUGGAGAGGAGGAUGAGGGGCAUGGCUCAAGAUUACGGUAUUGAAUUGCAGCAUGAUGUCUUUGAGGGAUAG